AGGAUAUUCAUGAUCUCCCGCCAGAGAACCGACGGAGUUGUAACGUGCGAGAGUAAUGCGAAUCAAGUCCGAGUUUCUCUCCGCUGUGUAUGCAUCCGCGAGGCAUGCACGGCGCUGACGUCGCGAUAUAAUAUCACACGGUACGUGAUGCGCGACGUAUGGUUGACGUGUGUGAGUUACGAUUCACGACGCACGGAUCGCCGCAAAACGCGGGUUCACGGCGGUGUCGUCGCUUCGCGCGGUCGUUCCGAAGUCCGAUUCUCACGUGGUGCGGCGCUUUGAAUCGGCGCUUAUUCAGCCGCGCUCACGCGCCCGUUCCGCAAGGACAGAAGUGAACAGAAAACGAAUGCCGCAACGUUGACGACGAUAGUACACGUGUACACGUGAUCGCGCGCGUUGUGUGUUUUUGUAUGUGUGUGUGAGUGCGCGCGGUUUGCGUGAAACCUUAUCACUCACUUCGCCCGAUACGCGAAUGACUUUUGCUCGGUUUGUUGAAACGCGCGUCCGAUCCGCUCGAGGCAAGCUGCGAUCUGACAGAAGCUGUGUCAUGCGAUCAUGAACACCGAGAUCAGCAAUAACGACGGCGGAAUCACCGAAACUCCCGACAGUUGCACUCCCGUUUCGUCGAAACACGGCGAUGUUACCGGUAACAAGCUUCCUCGCAGACAGAUUGUGCGUAAAAUGAGCACAAUGCUGGAAGAGGAGGACGCUGCCAUGUCCGACGACACGGAUCCGGAUGUGAUCAAGAUUGGUAAUCACCAGCAAAAACGUCCCGAGGAGAUCGAGUGGUCUACGGAUAAGGAGAGAGGUCGUUUGUUGAAUUCGGUCGGUCAUAAAAUCGUCAUUGCGCCGACGAGCGCGACCGGCAACGGCAACGUCAGAAGGACAAUCAGUCGCGAUCGCAGUCCCGAGAGUGUUCAGGAAAGAAGUCAUCAUCAUCGGUGGCAGUCUCGACUGGCAAACGAUUUGGUCGAGACCGGGUCGAGUCGUGACAACGGACUGCCUCAGAGUCCUGGCAGAGCGAGCGUCAAAAGCAUCGAUCAUCUGCCGCCACCACAUCGACAACACUGUGUACAAGUGCCGUCAAGGAUCUCGAACGCCAUCAUGGACGAGAAUCAGCAACACUGUCCCUGCUGCCAUCAGUCGUCGUCUUCCUGGUCGUCCGUCUUGUACGCGGACGCCAACGGCGUGGGCCAGACUCGUCUGUUCUCCGACACGGUCUCGAUCAGGUCCGUUGCGUCGAUCGGCCUGGGCUCUUCCGACGGCAGGAAGCUCACAAUACGUAGAGUUCCCACUUCGCCGACGGAGUUGCUUAACGUGGUACAUCCGCCACCCUUCGAGGAUGACGUGUCUACGUACACCAGCUAUGACGACGGCGACGCGGACGACCUCGGCGAUUACCGGCAGCCCAGGAGGCCUCAUUGGGCAAAUAAAGUGCAAUUCGUACUGGCCUGCAUAGGUUACUCCGUCGGUCUCGGAAACGUCUGGAGAUUUCCUUAUCUGUGCUACAAGAGCGGCGGCGGUGUCUUCCUCGUGCCUUAUUUUUUAAUACUCAUAGUAUGCGGAGUCCCAUUGCUGUACAUGGAGCUCAGCAUCGGUCAGUUCACUCGUCGCGGUCCAAUCGGCGCUCUGGGUCAAGUGUGUCCGUUAUUGAAAGGAGCUGGUUUGUCGUCGGUCGUGAUAUCGUUUCUGCUGUCAACUUACCACAAUGUGAUAAUAGCUUACGCAAUUUACUAUUUCUUCGCGGCAUUCCGGGCUGAACAACCGUGGACACGUUGCGACAAUUCGUGGAAUACGCCGCGAUGUUGGCUGCCAAGUUACGGGUUCAUAUACAAUCGAACUCGACCGAACUCCACGAGAACACCGUCCGAAGAAUUUUUCGACAACAAAGUCUUGCAAAUGAGUAACGGCAUCGAAGAGCCGGGAGCUCUGAGAUGGGAACUCGUGGCUUGUCUGAUAACCGCGUGGAUCAUGGUGUACUUUUCCAUUUGGAAAUCCAUCAAGUCAUCGGCGCAGGUACGAUAUCUCACAGCGACGCUGCCUUUCCUUCUGAUCAUUGUCUUUCUGACGCGUUCACUCACUCUGGAAGGCGCCGCAAAAGGUCUGCGAUUCUUUUUUCACCCACGCUGGGAACUGCUCGGUGACGCCAAGGUCUGGAUAAACGCGGCGGCUCAGGUUUUCAAUUCGGGUGGAAUCGCCUUCGGAUCGAUGAUAUGUUUCGCGAGUUACAACAGAUUUCACAACACAAUUCUGGUGGACACAGUAUCCGUUUCGCUCAUAAACGCCUUCAGCAGUUUGCUGGUCGGGAUAUUCUCGUUCGCCACGAUCGGCAAUAUAGCGUUGGAGCAAAACACGUCCGUCGAAGAUGUUCUGACCGACGGACCUGGUCUAGUCUUCGUCGUCUAUCCGCAAGCGCUAGCCAAGAUGCCAGCCUCUCAACUCUGGGCUGUUCUGUUUUUCUUUAUGCUGGUCUGCCUGUCGUUGAAUAGUCAAUUUGCUGUUGUUGAAGUGGUCGUUACGUCGAUCCAGGAUGGUUUCCCGAAAUGGGUGAAGCGUCAUCUUCUCUGUCACGAAGUGCUGGUCCUCCUCAUAUGCGUCGUUUCGUUCUUGUUCGGUCUGCCGAAUAUCACGCAGGGUGGUAUUUAUUUCUUCCAACUGAUAGAUCAUUACGCCGCAUCGAUGUCGAUCAUGUUCUUGGCGUUCUUCGAGGUAAUUGCUCUCUCAUGGCUUUACGGCGUCCGACGGCUGUGCAGUAACGUCAAAGAAAUGACCGGACGCGUACCUUCGAUGUACUUUCGCUUCUGUUGGUUCAUCGCCGCACCUUUUCUCAUCAUGGCCGUAUGGGUGUUCAAUUUAAUCGAUUACGAGUCGCCGACCUAUCACAACGGCGACUACGUUUAUCCGUGGUGGGCAGAAACGAUAGGAUGGAGCAUCGCGUCUCUUUCUUUAAUUUGCAUUCCCGCAUUUGCAGUUUGCGUGCUUGUUCGAGCGGACGGCGCAACGUUUGCCGAAAGACUCAAGAAUUCCAUUAAACCGCACUUCGAGGCGUGCAAGGUUUGCGGACAGGAAUACUGUAUAGAGCCUAUGCACAAUGUGCAGGAUGACAUAAUGCUCAAGGAACCGGAAACAGACGUGAAUACUUCCGUGCAACUGAAUUCGCACUACUUGCUGAAGCCUCAGAUGUGAUAACGUUAACCCGUCGCGCGAGUGAUCAAAUUUUCACAAUCACAAGAUCGUAUUUGCAGGUUGAGACUUGACGAAUAAAUGUUUGAUAGACGUCCCGUUAAAAAUAUCAUUUGUCACUCCACGUGACAGCGUUGUCACGGCAAUCGAAGCAUUCCAUUAUUUACACGAUUCGUCACAAAUUAUCUCUGCGAGAGAGUCAUUAAAAUAAGAAUGUAUCUCUGUUACUGAUGUUAUUGCCGGCUAAAGUAAAUUGUUGCUCCUCGAGUCAUCGUCAUGUGAUAGACCAUACGAACAAAGCACUGAUUCAACUUGCGUAGAAGUGCAUAAAUUCCUGUACGUACGCAUCGCACAAGAUACAUGUAAUAUAAUGUGUAUAACGCGUGUAUUGUUAACCAUAAUUUUA